CCCAAAGAAUUUAAGUGAUGUAAAUUUCAGAGGGAUUACUUUUGUCUUAACCUUCAAAAUGCAGUCAGCAAGCUUCCAGCAACUAUUUUUAUGCAUUCGGAUGAAAAAUUAGAAACAUGCUAGGGAACUCUUGAUAAGGAUUAUAGCCUUCCUUGGUAGGAUCUUGGAACCUGCCUGGGUUUAAGGCCAAUAACUACCAUGUGAAUUAGUCUCCAGGUAAAAAUACUCUGAGGUUGCUUUUGUUUUUUAAAGAGCAGUUUAUAAUCUUAGCUUUGGAAGAGUGAUUUAAACUACCUGUUUGUUAGGCCUGACUUGUAAUUGAGCGGAGUGAGGCAGACCAGCACGCUGGGGAAGCGGGUGGCCUCGUGCUCGACCACGCCCAGGUAACGCUGCCUUCCCGGCUUUGUGCCUUUGCGCACGCGCUGUGGAGCCCAACUUCGCCGCUAGGAGGCGCCGGGCCCUCUUCAGGUCGGCCCUUGGGGCGGUGCGUGUGGAUGUGACGUCACCGCGCACACCGCCUCUUGUUGCCGGGCAGCGAUGGCGGCUACCCUGGAGUCCUCCGUGGAGGACCCACUGCGGAACUUUGUUCGAGUUUUGGAGAAGCGAGAUGGCACAGUGUUACGACUGCAGCAGUAUGGCUCUGGCGGCGUGGGCUGCGUUGUUUGGGAUGCUGCCAUUGUUCUUUCUAAGUACCUGGAAACGCCCGAGUUUUCCGGCGAUGGGGCCCACGCUCUGAGCCGGCGGUCGGUGCUGGAACUGGGCUCUGGCACAGGGGCCGUGGGGCUCAUGGCCGCUACCCUCGGGGCUGAUGUUGUAGUCACAGAUCUUGAAGAAUUGCAAGAUUUGCUGAAGAUGAAUAUUAAUAUGAACGAGCAUCUUGUCACUGGUUCUAUUCAAGCCAAGGUACUGAAAUGGGGGGAAGAAAUAGAAGACUUGUCUUCUCCACCAGACUACAUACUGAUGGCCGACUGCAUAUACUACGAAGAGUCUUUGGAGCCAUUGUUGAAAACUCUAAAAGAUCUUAGUGGAUUUGAGACUUGUAUUAUAUGUUGUUAUGAACAACGAACAAUGGGAAAAAAUCCAGAAAUUGAGAAAAAGUAUUUUGAGCUACUCCAACUAGACUUUGACUUUGAAAAAAUUCCUUUGGAGAAACAUGAUGAAGAAUAUCGAAGCGAAGAUAUUCAUAUUUUAUACAUCAGAAAGAAAAAACCGAAAUCUCCAUCGUGAAAUCUUUAGUCAUCUUACCCAAGUCUCUAACAACCUGGGUAAGCUAAAGAUGUGAGUGGAGCAUGUGAAUACAGCAUGGGAAGAUUGUGUUCACAGAUUAUUCCAGCAUGUCCGUAGAGAUUUGAUAUAUAAAUGAAAACUACCAUGGGCUGCCUGCAAUUCGAAAAAUGAUUACUGACUGCCUGCCUGCCAUUGGGCCUGAAAUCCAACUUAGUUUACUUUUAGCUCAGCAUCAGGUUCUGCUUAAAAGAAAAUUGCGUAUCAGUCACUCCUCAAAUGAAAGUAGGUAUUGUGAUUUGCCAAAGUCUGCCAGAAAUAAACAGUGAAGCAGCAUAACCAUGACUUGGUGUAUCUUCAGGAAACCAGGGAUAAAUUGAUCCAAUUUCUAAAGAGAGACAUCUAUUACUAUGUAAUUAUGUUUAAAUUGAAACUAGUAAAAUUUAGUUGUCUUCAAGAUAGAUAAAUCUAAAAAAAGAUUUUUAUUUUAACAUAAUUCUGCAGUGGUUUGGUUUAUAUAUACCUUCCACUUCAUUGCCGUUAUUAAGAUAGCUUUAGUAUUUAAAUUUUCUUUUAUUUAAAAAAAAAACAAAAAUACUGUUUUCUAUAUUUAAAUUAGCCAAAGUUUUAUUUUUUUCCUCCACCAUACAUGUCUAUGCGAGCUGGAUAGUAAAUUAUACUGUAAUGAGUUGGUAAGAAUGAAAGUAAGAAAUCAGGAGUGGGGAAAGGUAUCUUUACAGAAUCUUCCAUUUGAGAAUGGAGAAUAAAAAGCCCACUUUCAGGCUUGUGCACUUAUGUGGCUCUUGCACUUCUCCUUGUGUGUAUCUUCUAGGAAAAUGACUAAAAUCACUGGUGUUUUUACAUGGAACAGAGAAGGGUUUUUAAGUAACUACACAUGUAGUUCUGUAUAACAUUUAGCAAAUGAUUUUGGUUCUGUGUCGUCUGUUUUAUGUUAGUGAUGGUAAUCAUCUACUCAGACUCGGAUCUGUCAAGGACUUCAGUCAUACCAGUUGUGAAGAGUAAUACUAACUGGAUGGGAUUCUGGUACUUACAGGCAUUGGUGCUUGGUGGCACAUUUUAUGUAUUAAAAUAAACAUUGUUUUUGAGA